GCCAGUCGGUCCGGCUCGGUGACUUUCAGACGGGACGGACUGGUUUGGGGACAAGAUGGGUCGCUAACCCGUCGAAACCCGUCAACGCAAAAUGCGAUGCUACCUUCACGCGCUUCUCAUGUGCGUGAUCUUCGCCUUCGUGUCAAUGCUGUACGUUUUCAACCAACUAGCCUCCACUCUAGAAACCCGAGACUCGGGCAGCCUCGGGAAAGCGCCGAGGGUCUACGCCGGCGGGAGAGGACGUAACACGGGGCGGGUCGUCAGUAAAGCGCCGGGAGUGACAGGCCCGCUGCACCUUGACGAUGACAGAGAGGGGCCAGGCUCAACCAUCCAUGGGAGCAGAGAUGAGACAAUGCACCUGGCUGUGGUGGCCUGUGGCCCCAGACUAGAGGAGACGUUGACCAUGUUGAAGUCCACCGUUCUCUUCAGCCAAAAGCCCCUGCACUUCCACAUCUUUGCUGAGGACCAUCUGCACGCCAGCUUCAGCAAAGCUUUGGAAUCCUGGCCGAGCAUGGUCCAGCCCCGGUUUAACUUCACAAACUACCCCAUCACCUUCCCCAGCGACAACGCCAAGGAAUGGAAGAAGCUUUUCAAACCGUGCGCAUCUCAGAGGCUCUUCCUGCCACUGAUCUUAAAAGAUGUGGACUCUCUGCUCUACGUGGACACAGACAUCCUCUUUCUGCAGCCUGUGGAGGAGAUCUGGGCUUUCCUCUCACAGUUCAAUUCCAGCCAACUGGCUGCCAUGGCUCCCGAACACGAGGAGCCACGCAUCGGCUGGUACAACCGUUUCGCCCGCCACCCUUACUACGGCAAGACGGGCAUCAACUCAGGGGUCAUGCUAAUGAACAUGACACGCAUCAGGGAGAAACAUUUCAAGAAUGACAUGACAUCUGUGUCACUUCGGUGGGAGGAGAUGCUGAUGCCUCUUCUCCAGAAAUAUAAACUCAACAUCACCUGGGGUGACCAGGACCUGCUCAAUAUCAUAUUCCACCAUAACCCAGAAAGCCUGUAUGUCUUCACCUGCCAGUGGAACUACCGUCCUGACCAUUGCAUCUACGGCAGCAACUGUCAACAGGCUGAGCAAGAAGGUGUCUUCAUUCUCCAUGGCAACAGAGGCGUUUACCAUGACAACAAACAGCCAGCUUUCCGAGCCGUCUACGAAGCCAUCCAGAAGUACCCGUUUGGCGAGGACAUCGUGACCUCCAUGCUCCUGCCACUGGAGGCUGCUCUGCAGGACACCACGCACACCUACUGUGGCAGGUCCAGCCACCUGUUCACCAGGCGCCUACAGCAGAGCGUCCAGUCCGUCCUGCGCGAGGCCACGCGGAGGAGAUGAUCCACGUGACGUUCCAUGU